UUGCCAAAGGAAUGUAAUCCAAAUGGAAAAAGUCCGCUUAAGUACGAGGUUGGUCGUUGUAAACAGAAUGCGUGUACCAAACGCCCCAAAGCAAACCCAGAGUGCGAAUAUUGCUGUGGACCAACAAAACAAACCACGAAAACAGUAACCUGUGGGGGGUAUUCAAUGGACAUUAUUGUUAUAUUAGAAUGUGGAUGUACCAUAUGCAACCAAGUCAACAUUUCUGGUAAUGUCAUAACAAUUAGACGUGAGGUCACUCUUCGUGGGGUUGCUCAUGAUAUCAACGACCCUUCCAAUGCCCUCAGAUUUGGAAAAGUUUAUCUAUUUGAUGAACAAGUAGGGAUAACCAGUUUUAAUGGAGACUUCAGUUUUUCUGUUCCAAACGGAAUGACAAGACUUGUAGUUACAUUGAAAGAAAAUGUGUUUAAAGUGGGUUUCAUUGAGGCGUCAAAGGUAUUUACUAUUCCAAAAGAUUUCUCAGGUACACUCUUUAAGAAAUUUCCUCUUUUGAUGAAAAGUAAAGCCAUAGAAAUACCAUCCUCAGUGAUGAACACCAUACCGUUGGCACAAUCUUCAGAUGGUUCACUUGCGGAAGUAGUCAUUCCGGACAAUGCCUUUUAUAAACCCGAUGGUAGUCAACACAACGGUGUUGUUAAGGCAGCUAUUAAUUUUAUUUCUCCUCAAGAUAUUGUCAGUGUGGACACAAUGGUAGGUGAUUUGACAUUUGUUGAUAACAAUGGUGAUGUUGGUUCACUUGAAACAUUUGGAAUGUUCCAUAUGGAAUUCAAUGAUGCCUCUGGUAAAGAACUUAAUAUAAAAGGAGAUGUCAACAUGGCUAUACGUGCUGAUGUAAUCGGGAAAGAACUUGAAAGCAGUACCACUGUUAAGCUUUGGUCCCUCAAUCCGUCAUCUGCAAGAUGGGAAUACGAGAGCACGCUCGAGCGAAUCUCAUCAUCAAGAAGAAAGCGAUCUCAAAGUCAAAAUACAACCGAUUUUUUCGUUGGUGAUACUGUCAUAACGGAUCGUUAUUGGUUCAAUUUUGAUGAUGAUUCGCUUAAUUUCUGUUUUGUCAAAAUCAAAGCAUAUGCUGAUUCUAAUUUAAGGGAACCGUUAGAAUGGUUGAAUACAUUCGAACCAUCUGUGAUAUCCAAAGAUGUCCUGCCUUCAGGACCAGGGAUGAUUGAUGGCCGGGUUCUUACUGGUAGUAGAAGUCACAAUCGUGAAUUAGGUUCAAAAGAUGACUGCAUACUUACUGUUUGUCGUCCAUCUAACUUCCAUGCAUACCUAUUCUUUGAAGAUCAAAAUGGGGCAUUCAGUGCUUCUCCGAGACUGGGUGGGUCAAAUCAAAACGUCCCGGGAGUGACCGUAAAUGUUAAACAAUUAACUGACACUAUUACAUCAACUAGAUCUAGGGUCAUUGAAACAGAAGUUGAACCUCUCAGGUCUAAUGGUCCUUUAUAUCACAGUGAUACUGUUUUCGAUUGCGUAGAUCCUAGCUCAGCCAGUUGUACAAGUUGUACUGACACUAAUAUUGGGCCCGAGUGCAAUAAGUGCUCUAGAUUUUGCUUGUAUAGUCAUUUUGCUGCAUAUACUAAGUGUCUCAGUGCGAGUGAUACAGAUCCGCACUAUGCCUUUUAUCAAAAUGAAAUUUCACUAUUUGAAUAUUCUGUUUGUGAAAAUGCGGUGUCAUGUGAAGAAAAUCUCCAUCUCGCAUGGUUUCCCUUAACUAGCGAAAUGUAUCGCGCUUGGUAUAUAAAGGUUCAGGUAGUCCCGGUAAGUUCUGUUAAUGAAUAUACAGUUCGUGUGGUAAGCAAAGGUGGGACGCAUCAAGAUACUAAGGGGGGAGUAUUUGGUAUUCGUGAAGAUGUUACUUCAAGUCAGUCAGUAUGUAUCGAAUUUAAGGGUAGUGGAAAUAUAAUUGCAUUGUCUGGAGUUUCAGAACCUGAUGAAACUGUUAUAGAAAUCUAUGUACAAGGUACAGGUUGUCGAGUUAAGACUAUUGCUGAUGACUUGGAACAAUAUGAAAUUACUCCAGUUCCGUCAAACAAUAACCAAACACCGCCGUUGAUCUCUUUCCAAACUCCAUUAGCAUUUGGUAACAAAUUUGGCUUAUACGAAGCUGAGGACGUUGAUAUGAAAACAGCAAAAUCAAUAGCAAAAUGGAGAUGUGAGUGUAGCAAACAUUCCAUUAAAAAAAAAUGUGUAACACCAGAUUCAAAGGGUGGAGAGGCAGUCGGUAUCGAAUGUUUUUCAUAG